GCGCCCGGGGCCGCGAGCUAGCGCAGCCAGGCCGCCCGGGAACUUUUUUCCUCCCGCUCUCGCUCUCAUUCUCCCCCCGCGCGUCGCCCGCCCGCUCGCUCUUCCUGUGCCGAAGGGAUCGCGUUUACCCGCGGACACCAGGCAGACCCGGCCGGGUGAGCGGCCAGGACACAGUCCCAGCGCCGCCGACUCUCCGCGCCCCGGGGCGCCGCCCCCGCCCGCGGCUGGGCUGGGUGAAGCGAGUUGGAGAGCGAGGCGGCGGCGAGGUCUAGAGGCGAGCGGAGCAGGCCGCCCUGCGGGCAGCCUGAGCGCCGGCGCGAGGAGGGGACUGCCGCGGCCCACCCUCCUUCCUGCCUGGCCGUGGGCCAGUCGGGCCGCGGCGCCCUGACCCCCAAUGGCCUACCGGGCCUCCGGGCCGCUAAGUCACAGCGCCAGACACAGAGCUCCCGAGUGAGCGCCGAGGAUCUCAUCUGGCCGCCGCGUUCUGGAAGAGGCGCGCGCGCUCGAGGAGGAGAGAGACCGCGCUGGGAAAGGGAAACGGCAAAACGCGCAGCGCCGGCGCUUGGGAGACACAAGAGGAGCCCGCAGGCUCCCCAGGCCCAGGGAUCCCAUGGUUCCAGAGGAGUGAGGAGACCCCUGAGCAGCAGCAUCCAGGAGCCCAGCUGCCUACCCCCUGCAACUCAUCACUGUUGGCACCCAGGAGGCAGGUGCCACCGUCCUGCGUUCCGGGGAGUCAGAAGGGGAUGUUUUAUGCCUACAGUGGUUCAGAGGCCCCUAAUCAACGACGUCUGCUAGAAGGAACAGAGAGAUUCCAGAUGGCAUGGCAGUAAUAGAGGAGAUAACCAGCCCCGAGUCAUGCAGUCUUUUCGAGAAAGGUGUGGUUUCCAUGGCAAACAACAGAACUACCAACAGACCUCACAGGAGCCAUCUCGCCUGGAGAAUUACAGGCAGCCAAGCCAGGCGGGGCUGAGCUGUGACCGGCAGAGGCUGCUGGCCAAGGACUAUUAUAACCCACAGCCGUACGCAGGCUACGAGGGCAGCGCCAGCACGCCUGCCAGCACUGGGCGCGGAAGCAAAGGCCUGCCCUCGCAGCAGGCCCUGCAGGGGCGGCCGGCAUUCUCUGGCUACGGUGUCCAGGACAGCAGCCCUUACCCAGGCCGAUACUCCGGUGAGGAGAGCCUGCAAUCCUGGGGGGCCCCUCAGCCGCCACACCCCCAGCCACAGCCCCUGUCAGGGGGGGUGGGCAAAUAUGAUGAGAACUUGAUGAAAAAGACAGCAGUGCCCCCAGGAAGGCAGUACCCGGAGCAGGGUGCGCAACUGCCCUUUCGGACUCACUCCCUGCACGUCCAGCCCCAGCUGCCGCAGCCCCAGCAGCCCUUGGCCUACCCCAAGCUCCAGAGGCAGAAACUGCAGAAUGAUAUUGCCUCGCCUCUGCCCUUUCCCCAAGGCGGCCACUUUCCCCAGCAGUCUCAGUCCUUCCCCACCUCCUCCACCUACUCCUCUACCAGCCAGGGUGGUGGGCAGGCAGCCCACUCCUAUAAGAGUUGCACAGCACCGUCUGCCCAGCCCCACGACAGGCCACUGAGUGCCAGCGCCAGCCUGGCCCCGGGCCAGCGAGUCCAGAGUCUUCAUGCCUAUCAGUCGGGCCGCCUCAGCUAUGACCAGCAGAAGCAGCAGCAGCAAGCCCUUCAGAGCCGGCACCAUGCCCAGGAAACCCUCCAUUACCAAAACCUCGCCAAGUACCAACACUAUGGGCAGCAAGGUCCCAGCUACUGCCAGCCAGACUCAGCUGUCAGGACCCCGGAGCAGUACUACCAGACCUUCAGCCCUAGCUCCAGCCACUCGCCUGCACGCUCUGUGGGCCGCUCACCUUCCUACAGCUCUACCCCGUCACCCCUGAUGCCAAACCUGGAGAGCUUUCCAUACAACCAGCAGCCACUCAGCACAGGGGCUUUCCCUGCAGGCAUCGCCGACCACAGCCACUUCAUGCCCCUGCUCAACCCCUCCCCAACGGACGCCACCAGCUCUGUGGACACCCAGACUGGCAACUGCAAGCCGCUGCAGAAGGACAAGCUCCAUGAGAACCUGCUGUCAGAUCUCAGCCUGCAGAGCCUCACAGCCCUGACCUCGCAGGUGGAGAACAUCUCCAACACAGUCCAGCAGCUGCUCCUCUCCAAGGCUGCCGUGCCACAGAAGAAGGGUGUCAAGAACCUGGUAUCCAGGACCCCAGAGCAUCACAAAAGCCAGCACUGCAGCCCCGAGGGCAGUGGCUACUCAGCCGAGCAGGCAGGCACGCCACUGUCAGAGCCACUGAGCAGCACACCGCAGUCCAGCCACGCCGAGCCGCCCGAGGCCGACUACCUGAGCGGCUCUGAGGACCCACUGGAGCGCAGCUUCCUGUAUUGCAACCAGGCCCGCGGCAGCCCCGCCAGAGUCAACAGCAACUCCAAGGCCAAGCCUGAGUCUGUGUCCACCUGUUCUGUGACCUCUCCUGAUGACAUGUCCACCAAGUCUGAUGACUCCUUCCAGAGCCUGCACAGCAGCCUGCCGCUUGACAGCUUCUCCAAGUUUGUGGCGGGCGAGCGGGACUGCCCGCGGCUGCUGCUCAGUGCCCUGGCGCAGGAGGACCUGGCCUCCGAGAUCCUGGGACUGCAGGAAGCCAUCGGAGAGAAGGCUGACAAGGCCUGGGCCGAGGCUCCCAGCCUGGCCAAGGAUUCCAGCAAGCCGCCCUUCUCGCUGGAGAACCACAGCACCUGCCUAGACUCCGUGGCCAAGAACAUGUGGCCACGGCCAGGGGAGCCAGAGGCCCUGCCCGAGGCCUUACAGCUGGACAAGGGCGGCAACACCAAGGACUUCAGCCCAGGGCUGUUUGAAGACCCUUCUGUGGGCUUCGUCACCCCUGAUCCCAAGAAGACAGCUGGUCCCCUCUGCUUUGGCACCAAGCCCACCCUUGGGGCUGCCACUUCGGACCCCACUGCAGCAGCUUUUGACUGCUUCCCAGACACAACCACCGCCAGCUCAGCAGACAGUGCUAACCCCUUUGCCUGGCCUGAGGAAAACCUGGGAGAUGCUUGUCCCCGGUGGGGGCUACACCCCAGCGAGCUCACCAAGGGCCUGGAGCAGAGUGGAAAGGCCUCAGACAGCAUUGGGAAGGAGAGUACCAACGAGGCGCCAGCCUGUCUGGGCUUCCAGGAGGAGGAGCCCCCUGGGGAGAAGGCCACUGUGCCCCGGGACUCCAAGCAGGAGGAGGCAGACAGGGUGAAGGAGGAGGAAGGCGGGCUGCUGCAGUGCCCUGAGGUGGGCAAGGCUGACCGGUGGCUAGAGGACAGCCGGCACUGCUGCUCCGCCUCCGACUUUGGAGACCUCCCGCUACUGCCACCCACCAGCAGGAAAGGGGACCUGGAGGCUGAGGAGGAGUACUCGUCCCUGUGCGAGCUCCUGGGCAGCCCUGAGCAGAGGCCUGGCAUGCAGGACCCGCUGUCACCGAAGGCCCCUCUGAUGUGCACCAAGGAGGAGGUGGAGGAGGUGCUGGACCCCAAGGCCGGCUGGGGCUCCCCAUGCCACCUCUCUGGGGAGUCUGUCAUCUUUCUGGGCCCCACCGUGGGCGCUGAGUCGAAGGUCCAGAGCUGGUUUGAGUCUUCCCUGUCCCACAUGAAGCCCGGGGAAGAAGGCCCUGAUGGGGCACUGGCUCCGGGGGACCCCACCACCCUGACCCCAGAUGCCUCCUUGGCCCAGAAGCCCAAGAAGCCUGCUGUGCCCGAGGCACCCAUUGCUAAGAAAGAGCCUGUGCCACGUGGGAAAAGUUUACGAAGCCGGCGGGUGCACCGGGGGCUUCCUGAGGCCGAGGACUCCCCUUGCAGGGCACCGGCUCUGCCCAAAGACCUCUUGCUCCCUGAAUCCUGCACAGGGCCCCCCCAGGGACAGAUGGAAGGGGCAGGGGCCCCAGGCCGGGGGGCCUCGGAAGGGCUCCCCAGGAUGUGCACUCGCUCCUUCACCGCUUUGAGCGAGCCCCGCACACCUGGACCCCCAGGACUGACUACCACUCCUGCACCCCCCGACAAACUGGGGGGCAAGCAGCGAGCCGCCUUCAAGUCAGGCAAGCGGGUGGGGAAGCCCUCCCCCAAAGCGGCAUCUAGCCCCAGUAACCCAGCCGCCCUGCCCGUGGCCUCUGACAGCAGCCCCGUUGGCUCCAAGACGAAGGAGACAGACUCGCCUGGCACCCCGGGCAGAGACCAGCGCUCUAUGAUCCUUCGGUCCCGCACCAAACCCCAGGAGGUCUUCCACUGCAAGCGGCGGCGGCCCUCAGAAAGCCGAGUCCCCAACUGCCGCACUGCCAAGAAGCUCCUUGCCAACAACCAUCUGCCCACCACGUUCAAGGUCUCCUGCAGCCCCCAGAAGGAGGGCAGGGCCAGUCAGCGGGCAAGGGUCCCCAAGCCCGGUGCAGGCAGCAAGCUCUCUGAUCGGCCCCUGCACACACUCAAAAGGAAGUCGGCCUUCAUGGCACCAGUCCCCACCAAGAAGCGGAAUUUGGUUUUACGGAGCAGCAGUGCCAGCGGCAGUGGGGGGCACAUGAAGGAGGAGAGGCCCGAGGGCUCCCCCACCCUCUUCAAGAGGAUGUCCUCUCCCAAGAAAGCCAAGCCCAGCAAGGGCAAUAGUGAGCCCACCGAGAAGCCCCUGACCCCAGAGACUCCUGACCCCUGCCUCAAGCUGGCCUCGAGGGCGGCCUUCCAGGGGGCCAUGAAGACCAAGGUGCUACCACCCCGGAAAGGCCGAGGUCUGAAGCUGGAGGCCAUUGUGCAGAAGAUCACCUCGCCCAGCCUGAAGAAGUUCGCUUGUAAGGCACCAGGGACCCCUCCUGGAAACCCCCUUAGCCCGUCCCUCUCUGAGAAGGACCGUGGGCUUAAGAGUGCUGGGGGCAGCCCGAUGGGGGCCGAAGAAGGUCCCUUAAACAUGGGCACUGGGCAGAAGCUCCCAGCAGCUUCGGGGUCCGACCCGUUGUGCAGAAAUACGGCCAACAGAUCCUUAAAAGGCAAACUCGUGAAUAGUAAGAAACUGCCCUUGACUGACUGUUUCAAAACUGAGGCCUUCAUGUCCCCAGAGGUCCUGCCGCCUGGGGGGACCGCUCUGGCACUGAAGAAGAGAAGCCGGAAAGGCAGGGCUGGAGCCCUGGGACUCCCCAAAGGCCCCCUGGAGAAGCGGCCCCAUCUAGGCCAUGCUCUGCUCCUGACUCCCCAAGACAGGGCAAAUGGCACGCAAGGCGGCAGUGAGGACAGCUCUGGUGGAGGAGGCAAGAAGCCAAAGAUGGAGGAGCUGGGCCUGGCCUCCCAGCCCCCCGAGGGCCAGCCUUGCCAGCCCCAGAUGAGGGCGCAGAAGCAGCCAGGCCACACCAACUACAGCAGCUAUUCCAAGCGAAAGCGCCUCACUCGGGGCCGGGCCAAGAACACCACCUCCUCACCCUGUAAGGGCCGUGCCAAGCGGCGGCGACAGCAGCAGCUGCUGCCCCUGGAUCCCGCAGAACCUGAAAUCCGCCUCAAGUACAUUUCCUCGUGCAAGCGGCUGCGGGCAGACAGCCGUUCCCCAGCCUUCUCGCCCUUCGUGCGGGUUGAGAAGCGAGACGCGUUCACCACUGUCUGCACUGUUGUCAACUCUCCUGGGGAGGAACCCAAGCCCCACCGGAAACCUUCGUCCUCUGCCUCCUCUUCCUCAUCCUCGUCCUCCUUGGAUGCGGCCGGGCCCCCCCUGGCCACUCUCUCUGGAGGCUCUGUCCUGCAGCCGCGCCCCUCCCUGCCCCUCUCCACCACCAUGCACCUGGGGCCCGUGGUUUCCAAGGCCCUAAGUACCUCUUGCCUUGUUUGCUGCCUCUGCCAAAACCCAGCCAACUUCAAGGACCUCGGGGACCUCUGUGGGCCCUACUACCCCGAACACUGCCUCCCCAAAAAGAAGCCAAAACUCAAGGAGAAGGUGCGGCCAGAGGGCGCCUGCGAAGAGGCCUCCCUGCCCCUGGAGAGAACAUUCAAAGGCCUUGAGUGCACAGCUGCCGUUGCUGUCGGAAAACUCCCCAAGCCUGACGGCCCAGCUGACCCGGCCAAGCAGGGUUCACUGCGCACCAGUGCCCGGGGCCUGUCACGGCGGCUGCAGAGUUGCUACUGCUGUGACGGCCAGGGGGACGGUGGUGAGGAGGUAGCCCCAGCCGACAAGAGCCGCAAGCACGAGUGCAACAAGGAGGCACCGGCAGAGCCUGGUGGGGACACCCAGGAGCACUGGGUGCACGAGGCCUGUGCUGUGUGGACGGGCGGGGUCUACCUGGUGGCCGGGAAGCUCUUUGGGCUACAGGAGGCCAUGAAGAUGGCUGUGGACAUGACUUGUUCCAGCUGCCAAGAAGCCGGGGCCACCAUUGGGUGCUGCCAUAAGGGAUGUGUCCACACCUACCAUUACCCGUGUGCCAGCGAUUCGGGUUGCAUAUUCAUCGAAGAGAACUUUUCUUUGAAAUGCCCCAAACAUAAGAGGCUGCCAUUGUAACCCACCCCAACGGCUGGAGAAGCCGCCGGAACCUGCCUGCCCGCUCGCCGCCGAAAGAGAGGGGCCGCCUGUGCAGCCCCCUGGCCUUUUGAGACGCUCCCAGAGCGGGCCUAGAGCCGAUCCUUGAUCCGGACCCCGGAUCUUGGAUCUGGCUGCCUAGAGCUGAAACGUGCGGUCCCGGGUUAGGAAGAAAACAUGUUCCGGAGCCGCCUGCUCCCGAAACCGGACGACACAGGGCGUUCCUGCCGUCGCUCCCCCGACCCCGGGCCUGGCUUGGGAAAGAGGAUCCCUGUGGAGCAGUCAGACGCCUUGGGGCUCACAGGUUCCGCGGGGAUGGGAGGCGCAUUUAGCCUGGGGACGCGCUUCUCCACUGGAAGUUCCAAGACGACGUGGCACACAUUACCCGUGGGUGCUGCGGCCACCUCAGUCGGUCGUGGUAUGCAGCUGGGUGGCUUGGAGAUGGGGGUCCAAAGGGCUCUGGAGGUGACAGGGGGCGGCUCCUGGCUCCUUAACUAGGCGGGGGUGGGGGGCGGGCGGCAUAGGGAGGUGGAGUUGAAGCCUUUCUAGUGGGGGCUAGGCCGGAGAGGGGAGCGGCCGGAGGAUUUGGAAUAAACCAUUCAGAACGCGCGCCCCAGUGCCCUUCCCACCCAGCAUUUGCCAAAACCGUGCGGCUUGGUCAGAGCCAGGGGAAUCUGGGAUCCAUGCUCAGGGGACAUGAGCUCUCCGGGUAUAGGUGGGACUGGGGCACUCCUUUGGCUUCUGUUUGCCCUUUUUCCAAUCCACCCCACCCCUGGAGCCCAGCCUGCGAGCGCAAAAGGAAAUGAGUCUCUAGUGUGCACCUCAGGUGGGUGGCGGGCGCAUGAUCGUCCCUCUCUCUGCACGACCACCUGUCUCCAGGGACCGCAGCGCCCACUCGGCACGGGAGCAGAGACAGCGCUAGAUUCGUGUACAAACCUGUGUACCCCUCUAUAUGUUACAUAGAAUGUAUAUAUGUUGGGAACAUGCUCGCUUCUCCUGUGUGUCGCCGCCGUGCGUCUUGCGCCCCUCAGCACAGGGUCCUUGCCGGGAAGGGGGUCUCAGUGAUUGCCCCCCACCCCCGUUCCCCACUAAGCCACCACCGGCCCAGGCCAGUCCCUGCCAGUAUGUCCUCCUGUCUGUCCUUGUCCUCAGCUCUGUCCAUGCUUCGAUAGGCCUGAGGCAGCCCCGAAACGGGGGCACCCUAGCAACUUCCUGUACAUAUGACUGUAAAAUGGUAAACGUGUGUAUUAUAUCUGGCCUCGUUAUAUAGUGUAUAUAUAUGUAUACAUAUACA